AUGGAAAGGCCUCAGAAAAGACCCCGCUUAUCCUUGGCUGGUUACGGCGAAGACUCGGACGACAUAGACCUGCAGGAAGCCAGAGCCCAAAAUGACUUGCGUCUCAAAUCGAUCUUUGAACGCAUCUUCGAAAAAUACGGAAAAGAUUUCACAGAUAUUGGGGAUGAAAUCGAUUUACAGACAGGGAAGAUUGUGGUCAAUAAUGGUCACUUACAGGGGAUGUCCGGCGAAGAUGACACUGGGGAAAAGGACAACAAGGACGGGUGUUUGUUCAAGGAAGAUCUGCCCACCUCUGCGAUUCAGAUCUCUGAUGCUACGCUGGGAGGAUCCAUACAUGUCUCGGACACAGAGGCAGAGACUGGCGGUGACAACGCAAAGGAUGGAGAGCAGCUACAGCGCCCACUCACAUCGCUGCAACCGCUCCCGGCGCUGCGGUUAGAUCGGUCUUAUGAUGAAAAGCAGCCACCUGAAACGGCCGAUGCGGGCUUAAACUUGGAUGACGAUACGAAAAGUGUGGAUUCCUUGUUGGACUGUGCAUUGAUCGUCCCCAAUGAGUCGGAUGAACCUGAUACUCGGGCCCUGCCGGCUGGAAGUGAGGCUUUUCCUGCAAAAGCAAAUACUACGGCUGAUACAUCCAACCAAUCCCAACAGCUGCGUGGAGACAAAGCUGAUGAGCCAACGGAGUCUAUCUGGCGCGUUCCUGAGAUUAAAGGCGAGUUCUCGACGCCCAUUUUCAACAGAUCACGCCCGAAGCUUCCUUCGACUGCUGUCCGGUCUGCAUCUCCUCCAGAAGCGGGGUCUCUGUGGACACUCCCUGGAAAAUCAAGGCGCAACACGGACGGCAAAAAAGAAAAAAGCAGAAAGAAACUUGGAGUCGGCCAACGAAAACACAAGCACCAAUCAAGCCCCGUCGUGCACAAUUGGUCCUUUGCAGAAACCCCUGACGGAAGCGAGUCGGACGAUCCUCUGCAGGAAGACUAUCAACCAUCGCCAACACCGAAGACCGCCAUUCACAUUAGGGGCAAAAAACAUGUCCAAAUCACUCCGAGUCGCACAAAUGAUGAGCGCAGACCGCUUCUCCCUCAGCAAAAUCCUGAUUCCCAACUAGCCAUGAAUGCUCUUCGUGGGGCGACAGACACCAAAAUCGCCAACGGCGCAGCUUCACAACCACAGCCUGAAACCAUUAAAAUACAUGCAGAUCAGUGUAUUUCUGUAGAUACACCUAUCUCCGAGGCUGAGCAACACGCAGACCCGGUCAUAGCGCAGGCGUCCACUAGUGCUGGAGCCAAAAGGACACCGAUGACUCCAGACGAGGCGAAGCUGAUCGUCCGCAUGAGGCAAAUUGAAGGAAAGAAAUGGAAGGAAGUCCUAGAACAUUUUCCGCAGCGAAAACUAAUUUCACUCAUCCAGUGGAACCAGACGCAUUGGACUGAACGGCAUGACAAGCCGCCUCGACUCUCCAACCCUUGGUCGAAGGAGGAGGUGGACAAAUUGCAGAGCUUCAAGGACCAACAAGGUUUAACUUGGCCCGGUAUUCGUGCCGCCCUUCCCGGUCGUUCACACGCAGAAAUAGAGUUCGCACUGUUGAGACUCUGGGCUGAAUUGGAUGACGGCUCAAAGUACGGAUUUGCAAAGCUCGUGAGCGAAGCGAAGCCGACAGGCAACCAAGCCCAAAUCCGCCGAGCAGUCACUCUCGACUAUGUCUCUGUGACCGAGCCCAGAGCGCCCCUGGAAGAGGACGAUCAUGAGAAGGAGAAGGAGAACGUGUGA